AUGGAGAACAGAGGCCCAUGGGCCAUCCUGCGUGCGCUGCUGCUGUUGCUGCUGUUGCUGCUACUGCCACCGCCAUUGCCACCGACACCUCACACCCACCUGCCACUGGUCCUGGGACACAUUCUGUCCAACCAGGUGCACAAGCCAGCCGGGAGUGCUGAGGACCCUUCUGCUGUGCACCUCAGCAGUAGCCCAGGACAAGAGCCCCUCCUGGUCCUGACUUUUGAUGUCACCAAGCUUACCAAGGUCUCUUCCUCCUUUGAGCUUCAAACGUGGGAUCCAGAGGGAGUGAUCUUCUAUGGCGACGCCAACGUGGAAGAUGACUGGUUUAUGCUGGGACUUCGGGCUGGCAGGCCCGAGAUUCAAAUGCACAAUCCCUGGGCCCAGCUGACGGUGGGCGCGGGACCCCCGCUGAAUGAUGGCAGGUGGCAUAAGGUGGACUUGAAGAUCAAGGGCGACUCAUUGCUACUGGACGUGGAUGGGGAGGAGGUGCUGAGGCUGAGCCAGAUCUCUGGGCCCCUGCACAACAAGUCCCAGCAUAUCAUGCGGCUGGCCAUCGGGGGACUGCUCUUCCCUCUUUCCAUCCUGCGUUUACCGCUGGUCCCUGCCCUGGAUGGCUGCCUGCGCCGGAGUACUUGGCUGGACCCACAGGCCCAGAUCUCAGCCUCGGCCCAUCGCAGCGGCAGAAGCUGUGACACAGACUUGCAGCCUGGGACGUUCUUCCCUCCAGGGACGCGCGCUGAGUUCAGUCUCCAAGAUCUUCCCCAGCCCUGUGCAGAGCCCUGGGCCUUCUCCGUGGUGCUGGAACUCAAGCCGACUCGGGACUCCGGCCACCUCCUUGCCCUUGGGACACCAGAGAACCCUUCUUGGCUCAGCCUCCGCCUUCAUGAUCAAAAGGUGGUGCUGUCUUCUGGGUUGGAGCCAGGGUUGGAUCUGCCGCUGGCUUGGAAAUUGCCUCUACAGCUGACACUGAAUUUGUCCUCGGCCAUCUUGAGCCAGGGCUUGGAGAAGAAGGUCCUUGCUCUAUCUCCCUUGGGCCUUGACCCUAUGUUCAACCUCUGGGCCCAGCCUCAGGGACGUCUUUUCCUAGGAGCCUUACCAGGAGAGGACUCUUUGGCCUCCUUUUGUUUGGCCGGCCUUUGGGCCCAAGGCCAGAAGCUGGACAUGGACCGGGCCCUGAAUAGAAGCUACAACCUCUGGAGUCACAGCUGUCCCUCGAGCCCAGACAAUGUCACUGACACUUCCUAUUAAAUCCAUCCCUUUGAAAAUCA